AUGUCCACCAACGCCACAGCUGACGAAGUAGCAAGCAUCAUCGCUGAGUAUGCGGCAGAGGCGACCGCAAACUACUGUGGGAUCGUAGGAAUUGUUCUUAUUAUCUAUGACUACACGAUUACCUUCGGUCGGGAGGUAGACUUGUUCUGGACGAAACGGUUCUCAGGAGCAACAGUGCUUUUCAUCGCGAACAAGUACAUUUCGCUCAUCAACCAUCUCUUCGAUCUAUCGCUGUUUCUUCCGAUUAGAGUAUCCGAUCGAGUGAACGUACGUGUGGAUACAUGUCAAGUGGCUUCCACACUCCAUUCACUCUCAAUAUUCAGCUGCGACCUACAUGCGAAGUUGUUCUCUUCUGUUGACUAUCUGCAAUACGUACCUUGGGCAGCUUUCUCCGGGCUUCGUGCCUUCGCGCUCUGUAAAAUCUGGAUAUUGUCCAUCUCCAUAGCCCUUCUGUCCCUCGUCCCUCUUGGCGUAAACUUCAGUGUCAAGAUAUACGGAGUUAACGACCCCGAUGCGGGAACGUGCGUUAUGGGCGAAGACCUCUCCUCGGCAGAUGCAAUGAAGAUCCUCUUGGUGCUGAACGUGCUGCACCUUGCCUUCACUCUCACAUCGGUGAGCGCUAACACCAGUGAAAUCACAUAUUUCACCGAACCACUGACUGCAGUCUUGGUAUCUCACUUCCUCCUCGAUCUCCAAGCCACGACCCGGAGCGCCGUGCGCAUCCACGGCUCGAACCUCUCACCAGAUGAGCCCACGCUCGACACCCGCUCCGUCUACUUCGCGCAGGUGGUGGGCACCCUCGGAUCGACCCUCGACGGUCCCCUGCCACUCUCUCCAGAGUCCUCCGCGAACACGGACUCAACGACGGAGCUUCGCACCUUCUCCGACAAUUCGGACGACACGGAGGCCCAGGGUGGGCGAAGCGCUGUGGCUGCUCCUGGCUGUGCGUGA